GGAGCCUAUUCAUCUCACACCGCAGCCCGAACGUCUUCAACCUGGCCAGCCAGUUCCUCCGGACCAUCCACAUCUCUUGGCUCUUGCAAUUCCCUACCACAUGGGUGACAAACACACCUCCACAAUCGAAGAUUGGGGCCAUGAUAUCGUGUGGCACCGAGGCCAUUUCCAGCCAGUCCUUCUCGACGGCGACUGGGCAGUGGUUGUGAGGGACUUGAGUGGAGGGUGGAUAUAUGACGAUCGUUGGGACCUCGAGAUAUUCAAAUCUCACGCCUACGAUGCAAUAUUGGAGAGCUUAAGUGAGGUGAAUCGUCGAAGUAAGGACGACCCUGCUGUGCGCGCAUACGGGGAAACGCUGUUCGAUUUAUUGAAGUCAAAUAAAUGGCUGGAAGUAUCCUCUGCGUUCUACGACCUUCCGCCAAGCCCGUCAAUUAAGCAAGUGAGUUGGGAGUUGUCUGCGGUCACCCCGCCGGCAGGAGUUGUGAAGCGCAAGUCUCACGGAAAGGACGACGAAGGGGAUGGUCAAGUCGGCGGGCAACGCGGAACCGGAGGGGGAAGUGAACAGCGUUCGACGAAACAACGGUCUCCGGGGCACGAGGGCGGCGGAGAGGGGAAAAAGGGCAGCCGGGAGAAGAAAAAGCCUCGCAGCGGAGAGAAGACAAAGCAUCACACAGGAGACGGGCAGGGGGCCGAUGUCGAACGCGACGAGGACGGUGGGGUUCUGGCGGUAACAGGCAGCACCUCAAUGGAGACGGAGAACGACUUCAGGCCUGGGUGGAUUACGCGUUCUGGUGAGCAGGACCCUGUGAUUAGCUCCACCAGCGCAACACAGUUUACCGAUGCGGUUGGCGGGGCAGUUGUUGCAAAGAAUGGAACUUGCUUCGCUCAGCUCCAAAAACGGUUGGCGGAUUGUCUCGGAUCAAUCCGAACCUCGGAGACGACAUCGUCAUCCGGAACUCAGUGCCUUCCGGGAAGCGAGACGACAACAUACCACGGGUCCGGCAGCGACAAGCUCGAACCAUGUUCAGUUUCGCCUCAAAAGGAAGUUCGGAUUAAUCCGAACCGGGAAGCCAGUACCGUUGAGAGAGCACAAAGGUCUACGGAACUCGAACGGGUGGUCCAGGUUUUCGAAAACCCUGGCGGCAAAAUUCGGACUCAUUCGAACCAGGAGGACGUGUCUGCCAUGACAGGCGAUCGGUGUCAGGACGCCGUGAUGCUGUGCAUGGAAGUCCACAAGGAGCUGCAGGCAGACUGUUCAACUGAGGUCUUAAGCGACUCUCCGGUGAAAGCAGACACGUCGGCGCCAUUGGAAACUGCGGGGGAUCGGAUGAAUCCGAACCAGGGCCCUGUGAGCAUGUCCCUCCUCGAUGCAGCUUUGGAGACGACCGUAAUUCGGACUCAUCCGAGACACACGGACGAAGGAGUUCAACAGGCAGGCGUUAAGGGUUGUCGACUUCUGACGACUUUGGACAAGGACGAUUCCGCCGACGACCGGAUUGAUCCGACACUCAGCAACGUCGGGAUGGAGCAACCAGUUCAGCCGGAAUACGACGACCCCUUGUACUCCGGCCUUCACGACGAGGCGAUGGGAGAGGAUGUUCUGAAGAAGGCCUCUGACGCUGUUGGAGAUAAAUUUCUCUAUUUGAGUGACGACGACAAAGACACAGCGCACGAGGACAAAAAGUUAAAAGGCGGAGAGGUGUUGUUGGACAUCCAUGGGACCUUGAGCACAACACAAGACGACACAGUGGCGAUGGAGAAAACCCAACCUGUCGAUGUUGUGGACGUCGACGCUCUUUGUCCGGGGACGGACAGCGUGGAGGAUUUCCGUCAUCGGGAUGGGGAUGAAUUUAUCCCGUCUCCGGUCAUUGACGCCGACAUCUCGAAUCUGUCAAGUUUCCCUGUGGGUUUGGAGCACGUCGUCGCCGAGUCGAUGCGCACAGGGGCGCCAAUCGUGCUGGGACUGUCGUCGGUGGGCUCUGGUGACGUGGGAGCUAAGCCUGGUAAGCACAGACUUUCUCUGCUUGCUUCCCGCUCGUCAGCCCGUUCGUGAAGUGUUGUUUGCUUCGUCGAUUUCAGGGAGGUGUAUAGGCGACCGCCAACUGGAUUGUGACGAUGUGCCUCGUGA